CCAACGGCGUAAUGAACUUGUCGCUGCUACAAUUUACGUGGGAGUAUUUCUUUUACUCCCACACUUUUACCGUGGAUUUUGAUGGAUAUCUCUGGAAAUAUUUGAAUUAUCUUAGUCGUACGAGACUCGAAGCGUCAAAGAGGAGCAGAGGGAGUCUAAGUUCAGGAGAAGAGUAUGAAUACACAGUCUUCAGGACACAAGACUCCGGUGGACCACGGUGUCCAGAUCCGCUUCAUUAAUGACCUCGCUGACCGAGGUGGAGGGCAGCCAUUGUCCCAGCCUAAGCUGAAGCCUCAGACCACCUCCAAAUAUGGCGUAGCAGUCAGGGUGCAGGGUAUUGAUGGCCAGCCGUACGUAGUCUUGAAAAAUGGACAUAAGGGAGACUCUUACGGGGUCCAGCUCAGGACUGACUACACCGCCGGCUACCGCAGCCUUCCCAGGAGGAGAGAGAAGGCAGAGCCCAGAACAGAGGAGGCAGAUGGAAGUGGGGGACAAGGAGGGGCGCUACGCCGGGCUCAGUCUCAAGGCUCCCUGCUAGACAGGGAUGGAGGGGGCGGCAACGAGGAUUUUCAGUUUACUAGACCACCUGGGGAUGGAAAGUCUGGUAGUUAUGGGAAUCUGGAUGGAGGAAUUGGAGUUGGGAGAGACAGAGAGGACACGUGGGGUAUCAGUGGUAGAGAAGGGAGUGUAGUAAGCAAUAUGUGGGGGGGCGCAUAUCAGGCAGGGCUCAACAGGUCAUUGGGGUCAGUGAGAGACAAUCAGACAUACCCUGACGCUCCUCAACAAACGAAUGAGCUCCGCUCUAAUCAGAGACCAACUUCAGUCAACAGACUGAUAAACAGGUUUGAUGGUUCAACAUCUGGAGGUCAGCAGAGAGGACUCCCCCCCACACCACUGCAGCCCAGAGCUACAUCUCCUCACAUCGUGCCCAAACCCUACACCUCACCUCCAUCUUCAACAAACAGCAGCUUGAGACGGACUCCUGUCGAAGCUCCUAAACCCUCAGCCAGUCGGUGGACAUCUAAGGAACUUCUGCAGGCAGAUAUGAUCGACCCGCAGGUGACCCCUGACCUUUUGCUGGACCAGGUUCAGAGUGCUGAGACGAGCGUCGAGGAGGAGCAGGUCAUGAAGUCUGUGUACAACAUCCUGAGACAAGGGUCCAGUGAGAGUGAUGUCGUCGUCAGGCACAAAGUCAAGACCAUCUUUCAAAAAAUUCAGAGCAUAAUGCCUAAAGAAAGCCCUCGGGAUGAGUGGAUAAGGGACAAAAGGGAGCUUCAGACAAAGGUGGCUCAACUGCAGACUGCCCUGCAAGAAGAACGGAGGAGGGAGUCUGUUGGCAGCUCUGACCCUGCUCUGAAAGCUGAGCUGGAGUCCUGUCUGGAUGAAAAUCUGCAACUUCAGGAGAUGCUGGACCGGAAGAAGAGAGAAUUAAAUGAAACACAGUCAGAGCUGACUCAGCUGCGGAUGGAUAGGGGGAAUGCGGAAACACGAGUCACAGAGUUGGAGGACCAGCUGGCUGAGAUUCAGGAUGAGCUGAGAAGAGAAAACAACAGCAAGAUGGAUCUUAUGUCCAGUCAGGCACAGCUGAUGGAUGUUCAGCAGCUAAAGCAGAAGCUGGAGGAGACACUGAGGCAAAGGGAGAGAGAGCUCACAGCUUUGAAAGGCGCUCUGAAGGAAGAGGUGGCGACACACGACAGAGAGGUGGAAGUGCUGCGAGAGCAGUACAGGACUGACAUGGAGAAGCUCCGCAGCAGCAUGGAGCAGGUGUCUCAGUCUCACGCAGGGAUCGAGGCGGAGCGGCUGCGUGUGAACACGACAGUUCGCUCCCUGCAGCAGCAGCUGGAGGACUGUAGAGACGAGAGCAGCCACUGGAUGGAGCAGUUUCACGCCACCAGAGACGAGCUUCGAGCCACUAAACAAGAGCUUCUGCAAAUCCGUCUGGAGAAAGAGGAGUCCGAGGAUGAGCUAAAGGAGCUGAAGGAGAAGAUGAGCACAAUGAAACAACAGAAACCAGACCCGAGCCACACGGAGACGCUCAACCAGGAGCUCCAGAGAACCAGCACUGAUCUGCUGAAGACCAAGUCCCAGCUGGAGAAGCAGAGGACGGAGUUUGACAAGAAGGUCAUGGAGGUGAUCGCCAUUAAAAAGUCUCACCAGAGCCAGGAGGCUGAGCUGCAGUAUGAAAUCGACAGGCUGAAGGACCAGCUACAGAAGGCUAAAGAAGACUAUGCUAAGGCACAGGAGAAAAAUAAACGGCUCCCUAGCCCAGCAGCCCUCUCAGAGCUGGAGCAGAAACUCUGUGUGACACAAAGUGAAGUCGGUCAACUCAAAGAGAAGUACACCGUCUCUGAAGAGGAACUAGCAACGACUAAAAUCCAUCUCAGCAAAGCUCAGAUGGAGGCUAACUCACUUCAGGAUGCUCAGAGGGAGCAAGAGGCCACUAACACUCGUCUCAAAGAGAAACUCUCAAGAUUAGAGGCUCAGCUGCAGAGCAACGCCACAGAGAGCUCAGAAGCAGAGCUCGCUCUUCACUCUGAGGUAAGAGGUCUGCGAUCUGAGCUCGAUGAGGCAAAGAGAAAAGCUUCCAGAAUGACCCAGGAGCACAACGAGCUCAGCCUGCAUCUGGAAACUGCAGUUAGAGACAAAGAGACGCUCAAACACACCGUCAGCCAGCUGGAGGAGACCAAACGGCAGCAGGAGAGAGCUCUGGAGAAACUCAGCAAAGAUUAUGAAAGUUUCAACGCAUCCUUAAAAGAAGAGACUCAGGUUCUCAGGGUUCAGCUGGAUGAGGAGAAAGAGAGAACACGCAAGGAAGUACAAGAGGCCCAUCGUCAUGGAAACGACGCUAAGUCCGAGCUGGAAAGAAACCAUUUAAAUCUGAGGAGACUAGAGGAAGACAUGUCACGACAGAAGAGGGAGCUUCAGCUUGUAUGUGAGGAGAGAGACAACCACCAGCUGGAUAAGGAGCUACUGGCCAACAGACUGCGACACCUGGAGGGAGAGCUGGAGGCCGGCAAAAACAGCCUCGGUGAGAAGGCUCGUGAGAUUCGCAUCCUGGAGGAUAAGCUGAAGCGUAUGGAGUUGGAGCUGGAGGAGGAGAAAAGCAAUGGGGAGAUGCUGACGGAGCGAUUGUCCAGAAGCAGAGACCAGAUUGAUCAGCUCCGCUCUGAGCUCAUGCAGGAGAGAUCCUCCAAACAGGACCUGGAGCUGGAUAAAAACGCCUUGGAGAGACAACUGAAAGAGAUGAGGAAUCGUGUCGCUGAGAUGGAGGGUCAAUCUCGAUCAUCAGCAGGAGUCUCCCAGCUGGAAAAUAAAAUCCAGGAGCUGGAAGAACGUCUGCGAACCGAAGAAAGAGAGAAGAACUCCGUGUUGGCGUCACAACGCCGUUUGGAGAGAAAACUGAAAGAACUGAACAUGACGCUGGACGAGGAGAGACAAGCGCACACUGAGCAGAGAGACCAGCUGACUCUGAGGGUGAAGGCUCUGAAGAGGCAGGUGGAUGAGAGUGAAACCGAGCUGGAGCGAAUAGAGACUCUGAGGAGGAAAGCCCAGAGAGACAUGGAGGAGCAGAUGGAGCUCAGAGAAGCCCUGCAGUCCAGAGUCACAGCUCUGGAGACUGAGCUCAAGAGAAAAACUCAGGCAGCAAUGCGUCCAGUUUUAGAUUCAUCGGCCCUCAGCUCUGAUGAGGACGACGACAGCCUGUACGACCCCGCCGCCAUCACCUCCAUCCUCACCGAGAGCAACCUCCAGACCAGCUCCUGUUAGAGACUUCAGAGGCAGAACGAGAGUAGGAAAUCACUACACUGCCUUACAAAUAGAAGGAAACAAAAUGGAAAGAAACAAAUACAUAGUUCUCAUGUGACGUAACACAUUCGGGCACUUUGCCACUAACCACCAGGAGUAUUUUUUUUUUUACGACGAUCUCGGUGGUUGUUUCACGUUGGGUUAAAGAAUAUUCCAACUGGGCAGAUGGUUCGGCGAAGCACAGUUUUCACUUCAUCCCAAAAAUCAGGAAAUGCGAAG